CAGUCACACCCACAACAACAUCUCUGACUGUGCAGUUAAAGCAGCUGUGCUUCUGGUGUCUCUGCUCUAUAACACGAGACCAGCGUCCAACCAUGUUUGCUCUGGGUCUGCUCACCUGUGUUGUGCUGAGAGCAUUCAGUGCUCAGGCAUAGGUGGUCACAAGCUUUGAUGAGUGUAAAGAGUUUUUUUACAAAGACACAGAACCAGGCGGAAUGGAUCAGAAUGCCAAGAGAAUCUGUCAGUAUACGGCAAGCAGAGGCCCUUUUUACGCUACGCUGUACACGGUUCCUCACAGGAUUCCUCUCUACAGCGCCUACAGAUUUGACCCUGAUUGCACGACCGACAGUGGAAGCUCAAACGCCUGGCAUUUAGAGCCAAAGAUUUCCCAACCUCAAUCCGGGAUAUAUAUGGUCCGUGAGAAUCAAAAUUAUCAAAACACUUUGUCAAGUAAUCAAGCCGUGAGCAGUGACUACAGUGACACCGGAUAUGAUCGUGGACACCUGAACCCCAACAGCUUCCAAUGCGGUGAAGGCCGUACGGCUACAUUUACACUGACCAAUGCAGCCCCUAUGGAUGCGUGUUUCAACCGUAUCCACUGGAAGAAUUGGGAGAGCACUCUGAAGAGUCUUUUAUUGAGAAAACUUGCCAGCGAUGGUUUUUGGGCAACAGCCUACAUUGUCACAGGUACAGUACCUGAUGCGAAUCUACGAAUACCACAAAGGGGAAUCUCUGACGACCCUGAAAGGGUGACGGUGCCCUCUCACAUCUGGACGGCUGUCUGUUAUAAACACAACACUGAUGACAGAAAGUCUUUCUCCUUUGGCUAUAUGGGCAAAAACCGGCCAGCAGAGCCUGGCAUAAGCCUGAUGAGUGUCUCCGACUUGAACAAUCGGCUCAGCGGACUCUAUAGUGGCUUCUCAGGAACAGUUCAGAUGUUUGCUGAUGCUUGUUUUGGUGACAAUAUUAAAUUGAGCAUGGUUCAGGAAGAGUUUAAGAAAUUAAUUAAUAUACAAGCGAACCAAGGAGUCCAGAUGCCCUCAGAUGUGCAGAACACGCUCGGUGCGCUGAAAAGGACCACCAGCACUGACAGCCUAUCAUCUAAAACCAAUGUCAAGUUCAGGAAGGUGACCGCAGAAUUAGGCUUUAAUAACAUGAGCGCUUAUUCUACUGUGACAGAGGAUCUGAAGAUUUUUGCUAGAAGUGCUUGUCUUAUAACUCAUGUUGAAUCACUAUUAAGGACAAAAAGGGAGGUAUCCGAGGGGUCCGAUGCUGUUCAGUGCCUGUUGGUCCCAGAGAAGCAGAAGACUGCAGCUGAUGGAUCGCCUUGUUCACGCUUCAGUGACUAUGUUUACAGCUGUUGGUGCUACAUAGGAGAUGAAACCAAGCUCUGCUGCUCCUCCCCCUGCCUCUACCGGGAGGAACGCAAGGGCUACUGGUGUUACUCAGGCCAGACGCUGAUAGAGUGCUCACCGCGGUACUCGCUCAUCACGGCUGAAGGAGAGAGAUGCAAGGAUGAUCACCCCUGCGGCACAUAUGGCGCGGACUACUACUGGUGUUACAAGGUCUCUGGCAGCUGGGAUUACUGCAGCCCUCCGCUGUGGAGCAGUAAAGCUGCAAACGGGAAGUACUGCCGCAGCAACCAUGCCUGUGCUAAUUAUGGUUCGCGAUAUAGGUGGUGCUACACAGAUGAUGGCAGUAAUGACGAAUGCUGUACUUCUGAUGACUGCUUCUCUGCUGUGAAGGACAAAACCUGCCGGUCUGAUCACAAGUGUGGCUACUAUGGUAAAGAUUAUCUGUGGUGCUACACAGAUUAUGAAGACAACUGGGAAUACUGUUGCAAAUCUUGUGGGUAG